UCCAUCUGGCCCUGGUCAGCCCGCUUCGGUCCGGGUCAGAUCAGCCUCUCACCGGCAGCAUGGCAUCUGGAGUUGAGCUCGCGCUCUCGUCUGUCCGCGUCGCGCUGAUGAUGCUGUCGGUCUGCUCCGGUGACAGUCUGUCUAACCAAGCAAAUCCAACCAAUCAGCUGGGCCCUUUUGGUAAAGUGGAACACUAUGGUGUGACAGAACCAUGGCUUCUCAUUGGUGGGCAGAAAAGACCAAUCAGCGUUUUGCAAUCAAUGGGACAUCCUGCAUCACUGAAGCUCCAGAUCGAGGCGGAAGGCAAACAGCUGCUACUCAUUCUGCAGAAAAAUGAGGGACUUUUUGCCAGUCGUUACACAGAAACCCACUAUCUGGAGGGAGGGAGGCUCGUCACCAUGUCACCCAGCUCCAGAGUGAACUGUUACUACCAUGGAGAGGUGAAGGGCUAUCCGUACUCCGAUGUCAUCCUCAGUACCUGCACAGGACUCAGAGGCCUGAUCACGCUGAAAGAUCAAGUGCUAGUUCUGGAGCCAGCACAGAAGCCCAACAGCACUCUACAUCAUAUCUUUAGAGGAGAACAUCUCACCCUGAAGCAGGGCACAUGUGGACACGGACACAACAUCUCCGACACUGCAGGACUCUCGGACACAACACGGAGCUUCUUCAGCUCGCAUGGCAGCAGGUACAAGAGACAAGCCCAGAGCAGCACUAAAUAUGUUGAACUGAUCAUCGUAGCAGACAACCGAGAGUAUCAGAAACAGGGCAAGGAUCUGGAGAAAGUGAAACAGCGGCUGGCUGAGAUCGCCAACUAUGCGGACAAGUUCUACAGAGCACUGAAUAUCCGUGUGGCCCUGGUUGGCUUGGAGGUGUGGAGUGACUCAGACAAAUGCCCUGUCUCUCAGGACCCAUUCACCACACUGCAUGAGUUCCUGGACUGGAGGAAACUCAAACUUCUACCACAGAGACCACAUGAUAAUGCCCAGCUUAUCAGUGGGGUGUAUUUUCAAGGCACCACCAUUGGCAUGGCUCCUAUCAUGAGCAUGUGUACGGCCGAGCAGUCAGGGGGCAUCGUCAUGGACCACUCUGAUAACCCCCUUGGAGCUGCAGUUACUUUGGCUCAUGAGCUGGGACACAACUUUGGAAUGAACCAUGACACACCGGAGCGGGGAUGUGGGUGCAGGGUGACAGCGGACAGAGGGGGCUGCAUCAUGACUCCUUCAACUGGGUACCCCUUCCCCACUGUGUUCAGUUCGUGCAGUAAGAAAGACCUGUUGGUGAGUUUGGAUAAGGGAGUGGGGAUGUGUCUCUUCAACAUGCCUGAGAUGAAAGUGCUCUACGGAGGGCAGAAGUGUGGCAAUGGAUACGUGGAAGAGGGGGAGGAGUGCGACUGUGGAGAUCUCGAGGAAUGUAUGAACCCAUGCUGUAAUGCCAGUUCAUGCACUUUGAAGUUGAAUGCAGUGUGUGCACAUGGCCAGUGUUGUGAAGACUGUCAGCUGAAGCCUGCAGGUACACUGUGCAGAGAGUCCACUAAUUCCUGUGAUCUGCCAGAGUUCUGUACAGGUUCUGACCCUCACUGUCCCUCUAAUGUCUACCUGCAUGACGGUCACACGUGUCACGGUGUGGACGGACACUGCUACAAUGGCAUCUGCCAAACGCAUGAGCAACAGUGCAUCACACUCUGGGGUCAGGGUGCAAAGCCAGCUCCAGGCAUCUGUUUCGAGAGGGUGAAUUCAGCCGGAGACCCCUAUGGCAACUGUGGAAAAGACUCCAAGGGUUCAUUCGCUAAGUGUGAAGCACAAGAUGCGAAAUGUGGGAAGAUCCAAUGCCAGGGAGGGGCAAACCGGCCAGUAAUUGGAACCAAUGCGGUCUCCAUAGAGACCAACAUCCCACUGCCGGAAGGUGGGCGUAUCCUGUGCCGGGGGACUCACGUGUACCUGGGUGAUGACAUGCCUGACCCAGGGCUGGUACUCACUGGAACCAAGUGUGGCAACAAUAUGAUGUGUCUGAAUCGGCAGUGUCAAAACAUCAGCAUCUUUGGCGUCCAUGAGUGUGCGGCCAAGUGCAGCGGACGUGGGGUGUGUAAUAAUAAAAAGAACUGUCACUGUGAAGCACACUGGGCUCCCCCUUUCUGUGAUAAAGCUGGAUUUGGAGGCAGUGUGGACAGCGGACCAGUGAGACAAGCAGAUGGUGAGAGUAUAAAGGUGGGAAUCGUGGUAGCAUUCCUGUGUUUGCUCUGCGUGGUCGUGAUCGUCUGUGUGAAGAGGAAGACUCUGGUCAGCCUCUUCAUCAAUAACAAGAAAAACAACAUUGAGAAGCUAAGGUCAGUGGGACCAAACAGGCUGAUCGUUCAAGGACACACACUCUCAGCCCCUGAGACACAAACACACACCACAUGCAGAGCAUCACUUCAUUGUCAAGCACCAGCCAUACCACAAAGCAGCAGCAUAUAUAAGGCCCAGUGUUCUCUCCCGGUGUUGAACUCUGUUGUCAGUUCUCACACCCUCCGUGCUCUGCCCCAGUGUCCUCCACUCCACCUGAGCCCAUUGUUACCACUGCCCUUUGCCCCACCCACCCACCGUGCACCUCCACCUCCCCUCCCACACAUCCCUUCACCCCGGCACAGAGCCCCUCCAGCGCUGCGCACACACUCCCACCUCCACACUCCAGCACGACAAGCCUCCAUCCUCACCUUAAGCUGCCAGAACCCCUGCAAGAUGGCCAUGGAGUUGGAGAAGCCAAGCCCACCUCAGAAGCCUUUGCCCGCUGACCCUUUAGGACGGAGUUCUCAGCUUGGACGGAGCCCCCUACCAACUCAUCUCCCUGCUCCCAGCUCAGCCACACCCAGACUGCCUCCCAAGCAGCCCCCCACACUGCCCAAGCCUCAGUUCUUCACAGGAAUGAAGAAGCCCUGCAGCUGAGACAGAAGCCUGUGAGACCUGUGGUUCAAUCCAUUUUGCACUAUGAAACUCUGCUGGUCCUCAUGAACGUUGUGUCACGGUCAUGACGGCUUGACGAUUCGAUCCCUCGGUGCUAUGCCUCCCUCCUUUCCCCGGUGCUAUGGGUCAACUCUCAGGUACACAUCGUACAUUAUUUAUGUUCAUCAAAAGUGUAUUUAUUUCAACAUUGUUUUGGACAUUUUUUGUCGCAUUAU